UAUUUAAAUCCAUUGGUGGUACUUCACUUUACGAACCGCCUUCGGCAAAACCCACAACCAACCGAUGGCUGAAGGCGUUAGUAACGGCGAGAAGAACUUCGUCCCGCUGUUGAGGAGAGCGGUGGACAUUCUAGCGCAGUUCUGCUUCCAGGGCUCGUUCCCGAUUCUCGGGUGGGUCAACGCGUUGACUGGGUUUGACUCCAAGGUCAGGAAGGUGUCCAGGGAAGUCAACGACUUCCAAGACACGGUCAUCGACGACCACAAGAAAAGAGUUGUCGUUGCGGAAGAUGAUAGGUUUAGAUGACAUGUCGGGCCUCAAUGACGUGGUGGGUCGGGUCAGACUAUUUUUGGAUUAAAUAGUGUUGAUUAGGCGAUUCCGUCAGCCACGUCAUCACUUAACGGACUUCGUUAACGGCGAUGGACGGCAACUAACAGAGAGUGACCAAACGUGAACGGUUUUCGUAAAGUGAAGUACCACCAAUGGAUUUAAAAAAAAUAAUAAUUUAACUAAUUGUCUUAUUUUAUAAAAUGAGUCAUUUAAA